AUGCGUUUAGUACUAGUUUUAGGUGUUCUAGCGUUAAUAGCCGCUGUACAUGCUAGGAGGAUUCCAUCAAAAUUUAAAGAAGCUGCAAAAGAUGAACAAGCUGUCGAUCAAAAAGUAGAGGCUACGGAACACAAAAAGGAAAAAGGUGACAAGAACCAAGAAUACAAAAAGGGUGGUGGCAAGGAACAUCAUGCCCAUCACUUAGAUGAACAUGGAGAGAAGGGUCACAAGGGAUACAAAGGUCAUCAUCAUCAUGAAGAAGGUAAAAAGGGUCACCAUGAUAAGGAACAUCACAAAGGCGAAUACGAUGAUCAUGGUGGUAAAAAGAAAGAGCAUCAUCAUGAAGACGGCCAUUACGACGAGCAUCACAAGGGCGAAAAAGGAGAGAAAGGUCAUAAGUAUGAGGAAAAAGGUCACUAUAAUAAAGGACAUUCCACGAAAGGACACCAUGAAGUUCAUAAGCUUGACGAAUUUAAGAAAGAGAAACACUUCUUUGAUGAAGAUGGCGAUUCCGGCCAUGAAGAGAAGCAUGGUGGUUUCCAUGAGGAACACGGUCAUAAGAAAGGAGGUCACUUCAAGAAAGGUCAUCAUCAUGGCGGUCAUCACGAGAAAGAACACGGAGAAAAAGGACAUCACGAAAAAGGAGGACAUCAUCACACUCACAAAGGACAUAAAGAAUCCGCCGGUCAUGAUGAACAUCAUCAUCAUCACCAUGAUCACGGAAAGAAAGGCGGUCAUGAGCAUCAUAAGAAAUUCGGCUAUAAGAAAGGUCACUAA